GUAAUUGAAACCAACCUUAAGUUCAUUUUAUCUCUACUCUAAAGGUAACCCCGAUUAUUGCUGACUUAAGCAUCGGAGUGUCUACCUCGAGGACCCACCUCGGGGCUUUGCAGGUACAUCCGAAGUGAAGAUGCGGACUGAAGAAGGAUUUAUGGUUUGGUGCAAUUACACCCACUCAGGCGGUGAACGAGAAAUUCAGAGGACAAUGUUAGAAUUGCUGAACCAAUUAGACGGUUUUGACUCAAGAGGAGAUGUCAAAGUUAUUCUUGCAACAAAGAGAAUUGGGAGACUUGAUCCAGCUUUGCUUCGCCUUGUGCAGAUACAUACUUCAAGGAUGACAUUGGCUAAUGAUGUCAACUUAGAAGAAUUUGUUAUGACUAAAGAUGAGUUCCCUGGAGCUGAUAUAAAGGUAAUAUGUACUGAAGUAGGUUUACUUGCUUUAAGGGAGCGCCACAUGAAGGUUACGCAUGCAAACUUUAAGAAGGCUAAGGAAAAGGUGAUGUUCAAGAAGAAAGAAGGUGUUCUUGAAGGACUCUAUAUGUGAUCUGUUGUUAAUUUUGGGGGGGGGGCAUUUUUCAAUGACGCUACAUGUAUUUGGAAGAUAUUUGUGCCUCCUUUUGUUGUUUUGGAUUUAACUAUUUGUAAUUUAAAAUUUCUUUAAAAAUAAUUUCUUUAGAAUUUG